CAUGCGCAUGAGCGCGAACUGUGUGCAAAAGCGGAGAAGAAUCCAAAGAAAACAAUACGGUUGGAAGGGAUGUUAAAUAAUUUAAAAGUCACUUAGUACAUUUAAAUAUAUUCAGAUUUAGAAUUAAUUCGUAUCUUAUAUACAAAUAAAUUCACUACAAUGUAUAGAAAAGGCACAAUGGGACCGGAGUACUUCCGCUAUCGUGGUGAUGCACGCCUCAUGCGGACUCACGAAGCAAUGGUAGAUCUUGUUUAUGGUAGACCCUCGAACCACUCCUUAGAUGCCCUAAGUUUUGGCUAUGGAUUUGUUCCAGAAUUGGACCACUUCGCCUCUCAUUUUAUGGCUUAUAUGUCAUCAGAUGAUGAAGAUUAUGAUGAUUUUGAUAAAUAUGGUGUCCGUACAAACAACAGAUACUGUGGCUUUGCUCGCAACUUCCUUGAGAGAGGCCUGACAAAACCCUACAAACACAUAACACCAGAGGAAGCAGAAAGAAAUACUAAAGAACUGAUGGAUGAAGAAGAGAAACUUAAGAAAAAAACAGAGAAGAAAAAGCAGAAAAAGAUGAGACAGAAAGAGAGACGUCGGCAGGAAAAAUUAGAGAAAGAAAAUGCAGAUAAAGAAAAAAAUAAACAGGUACAUGUUGAUCCUGGAUCACAAAAGAAUAAACAUGCAGAUAAAAUUAAAAACAAUAAAUGUUCAUCUGCAUCUUCUGGCCCUCCAUGCACCUCAGCACCUGUGCAAAGCAGUGGUAGUGAGGAAAGUGAUGAAGAGGAAGACUCAAAUAUUGAACCAGAGGAGCUUGACAUGAAUAGCUGCUUUGUAUCAAAUGCAGCAGCCAUCGCUAAGCGCAAACUGGUACAAAAGCCCAAAUCUGACAAGAAAGAAAAUAAAGCUGCUCCAGCAAACUCCAGCAAACAGCAUGGGUCAGAGGAGAAAGGUGCCACCAUGCCACAAAAACAGAUCGAUAACAAUGUGGAGGUGGAGUCAGCGGAGGCAGUCAAUGCUAAUUAUUUUAUUACAAAAAGCGUGGAGCUGGCAGUUUUGGGUAGCCAGUAUGCUGCUUCAGGAAACUUGGAGAUGGCUGUGAAAUAUUUUACAGAUGCUAUAAAACACAACCCUAAAGAGUUUAAGUUAUUUGGGAAUCGCUCUUACUGCUAUGAAAAGAUGCUGCAGUAUGAAAAAGCUUUAACAGAUGCUGAUAUUGCUCUUUCUAUGAAUCCCAAAUGGAUUAAAGGACUUUACAGAAAAGGCAAAGCACUGGUUGGGCUAAAGAGGUAUAUUGAAGCCAGACUUGCCUAUAAUGAAGUCUUAAAGCUGGACAGCACAUGUAAGGAUGCAGCUGAGGAGUUGAUGAGGGUGCAGCUCAUCCAGCUUAUGGAAAUGGGAUUCACUAGAGAACAGAGUUCAAAUGCCCUUAUUCUUCAUGGAACUGUAGAAAAAGCCUUUGAAGGACUCUCUAGAGUACCAGGUUUAGCCCCUGUUCUUGUGCCCAGAGAAAAUGAGUUUAUGUCUCGAGAAAGAAACCCACAGCCUCCAGCUAAAAUCAGACCUCUUCCUCAGUAUCAGCAUAGACCCAAUACCCCAGCAACUGCUCCAGUUACUUAUCAUCCUCUAGAGCUAUUCCCUGUCUGGGUUGGAAAUCUGGUGCCUUCUAUAACAGAGGGAAGGAUUUAUGCAUUAUUCAAAUCUGUUGGACCAGUCCAUAGUGUAAAAGUGUUACCGGCAAGACGCUGUGCAUUUGUUAACUACACCAAGAAGGAGGACUGCGAGACAGCUAUCCGAGAUUUCCAUAGUCACGCUUUUGAUGGAGCUACUCUUGUGGUGCGUUAUCCAGAUAGGAUACACACACGUCUUGGCGUGUCCAGAGAUGCAUCUACAGAGUCCCCAGACAAGGCUGGCAAACAAUCUGAUGAAUGCUAUUUUUGGAGGACAAACGGCUGCAUUAAGAAGGAUCGCUGCACUUACCAGCAUAUACCAGAAAACAAGGGCAUUGACAGACAUAAAGGGGAAUCACAACCCUGAUUUAGAGCAUACAGAGAGGGAUUUAUCCUAAAAAAAUAUAUACUGUAAUUGGUUAAAUACAGAAAAAAAUGACACACAUGCCUAAAACACCUUGUGAAGCUGUGGUCAUUUUUGGUUCUUCUGAAUGCUUCAUUUAUUUUUCUAUUUGUUUAAAUAUUAAUUACUAUUAAUCUAUAAACAAGUUAUUAAGUGUUUUGAGUUGGACAACAGGUAUGAGGGCUGUAAUUAUCCAGCUCCUUUUCCUUUCUAUGAAGUAUCCCUUUUAUUUUUUUUAAUAUGUUUUCCAUAUCUGCAAUGUGAAGAUUCAUAUUAUGUUUAAGGCUAUCAAAAUGAAUAUUCAAUGAAGGUUCAUUGCAGAUGUAAAAUAAAAAUAGCUAUUGGAAAGAAAUGAACUAAGCCCUUAUGAUAAAUAAUGGUUUACUAUGACCUUAUCUGAUGGUUUGAAACCAGAAGUAUUUUUAAACUCAGAGCAGUAUUCGGUCUCAAAGGGAUUCCAACAUAGAAGUCUUAACUUAGUCAUGUCAAAGAAGAAAUGGGAUGAGUUUAAUAUCUUAUCUUGCAAAAUGAAUUGAUACCUUAUUAAUAUCAUGCUCUAAUAUCAGUAGAAAUUAUCUGCAGUAAACAAAGUCAUACCAUCUUGAGUGAAGGUUUGCAUUCAGUUGUAAUUGUAUUCCAAUGCCAUGCUCCGUACAAAUAAAAAGGUACACUGACAUUUCAUUUUUU